AUGAAAUGGCCAGCAAUCGUGGCGUCGUGGCUGAUCGCCGUCACAGGUGCCGUCAUCGAUAACGACUACAACUCGCUUGAAGACGACGUCAUGGAGAUAUCGCAUUCAUCAGAAACCCACCACAAACCCGUGCGAUUCAGGAACUGCACGAGAGACACCGAUAUCAUUGAUCAACUUCUCAAUGGCACUGGAUACAACAAGUCGAAUACCACAAGACGAAGGUAUGACCGUCUAUGUGGAGAUUUGGAUCCAGGCAAUCACGUCCAUUGA